GUCAGUCAGUGUCUCCGUUAACAUGGCGGUGGUGUGGCGCAGUGUUGUGACCUCCCUCACAGUUUUAGUACUUUUUAUUAUUAAUACUUCAAACGCACAUAUAAAUGAUGCAGAUUACAAUAGAUAUGUGCUUUAUGAUGAAGAUGCACGAGAGGUGGAAGAUUUUGAGUUCCAGCCCCUCGAUCGGCAAAGACGGGACGUUAGACGAAAUCCUUCAGAAGUGGAUGAUAUGGACUCCAAAAUGACGGUGCAAAAAUUGCAGAAUAUGAAGUCAGCUGUCACGUUAAAGAAUUACAAAGGUGAUAAAAAUCCCCUAAUAACUGAUAUGAAGAAAAAACCUACCCUGCUGAAGAGUCCCACUACUGUAGCAUCAGUAGCCACCCCCAGUGAUAGUGUGUCUGUGAACACCUCCACAUCAGGUGAAAUACCAGUUACCACUUCAACCACUACCACCAUUACCACCACAGUCACCAGUACCCCCAUGCCCAAUAAUGAGACUCAAGUUAACAUCCAGGAUAAUAGAACGGGAGGGUUGACGACGGCAUCUCAGAAUGUUACAGAAGAGAAACAUGAGGAUUCUGUCACCCCUCUGAUAACCACUGCCAAUGUGACGGUCAGUGACAGUUCUUCCUUGGAUGAUGUAGACUCUCCAGUGCACGUUGAAGUAAAUGACGAUAAUACUGAUUCUGAUAUUGAAGAUUUCAUCCCAGACAAUACAACUAUUGAUAAUCAUAAAUACUAUCGUUCACACACAUACUUGGACUCGGAAGAUGCCCAGCAUUUUUGGGUUGAUCUGGAUUCCCUCAAUGAAGAGAAAGUGAUUACUAAUGAAAUGCUCUCAACUUCCCAUCGUAGAGCAGCAACUGUGACGCUGACAUUUGAGUUCCCAUUCUAUGGACAUAAGUUGAGGAACAUAACAAUAGCUACAGGAGGAUUCCUCUUCACUGGUCAGUUUGUUCACACCUGGCUGGCAGCAACUCAAUACAUUGCUCCACUAAUGGCCAACUUCGAUACCUCUAUGUCUAAUGAUGCAUAUGUCAUGUAUGCUGAUAAUGGUACAUCAUUCACUGUGCAGUGGAACAAUGUGUUGUUGAAGGAUCGUGCAGAUGCUGGCACGUUCACCUUUCAGGCUACCUUACACAAGAGUGGAGAUAUUGUAUUCACGUAUAAACAAGUACCUGUAAUAAUAACUGCAAUUGGUGAUGACCAUCAUCCUGUCAAAGUUGGACUCUCAGAUGCCUACAUUGUGGACCGCACGAUAUUCUUUGUGCGGCGGAAGACCAUCUAUGAAUAUCACAAGAUUGACAUGAAGAAGAAUUCCAUGAUUGGCAAUUGGACAGCAAUAUUGUUUGAAGCUCUUCCCACCUGUGUGUCAAUAAACAGCUGCAGUGAUUGCUUGUCACCGAAGAUUAGUUUCCAGUGUCAGUGGUGCAGCAGAAUCGCACGCUGUAGUAAUGGAUUGGAUAGACAUCGACAGGAAUGGUUGCAUCAUAGAUGUGAAGCUUACCAUGUCCAAAACCCUGAGGAAUGUGUUGAACCUCCAGCAACUAUCACUCCUGUAGACACCUUUGGUCACAAUGCUAGCGUUGAGCCCUACAGUAAAGGCUCACAGGCUUCCUCAGCCACUAACAACAGCAGCAGCAGAGGAAGCAACCUUCCCAACCAGGAUACCUCUGCCAGCCUACCAUCCCCUGACCUGCCUCUUACAUCCACUAAUGCCUCAGCUUUUUCCUUAAAUAAUACAUCCAACCAGAACACUUCUUUUAGUCCACCCAGUUAUCAGGUACCUUCUGCUUCCCCAUUCUUACCCCAUCCCUCUCCUUUUCCUCCAUCCUCUACUCCUCUCCCCUCCUCUCCCUCUGCUCUGGAUGCUUCGGACGAGAACAGAGUGAUUUUAUCGGACGGAGAGCCAGAUACUUUGGCAAGCACAUCAGGGAGAGGUAAAGAACAAAGUAGUUCAAGUGUAGGUACGGUGAUUGGAGUGGUGUUUCUGGUAGCACUUGUGCUGGGUAUAGCUGGAUGGGUCACCUAUGCAUAUUUCUUCCCACAUUCCGCCUCUGGUCAAAUUCUUAUUCAGUACCGCCCCAGCACGUGGUCAUGGAAGAUGGGAGAGGCCCGCUACACUGCUGCUUCUAUUCACAGUAUUCACAUGUGAAUUUCUAGAUGCAGUUACGCUCAUCAUCAUAUUGUUCCGUGGCAGUGAAUUGGAAGAUUCCCAGUAAGAUUCGUGACAAGUUAAAUGUUGAGAUUAUUCAAAACAUUCUCAUAAUACAAACAAUAGUUGAAUGAAACAAAAUGGAGAGUUUUAAAGUUGGAUUUAGGGUAAUGACACACUUGUUGAUUCUGUGCAUAUUAUAAUUUUCUUCCUUCCUCAUUAACUUGCACUCUGCUUUGUGCUCAUUUCUCAGGUAAUUUUAUGUGCUAAGCCUGCCUGGAAAUAGGUAAUAUUAAUCAGUUUUCUAUAUUUUGUCUUGAAUAACUUUAUUUGCAUUUUGAUUGGAGAUUUUAUAGAAAUCAUAUUCUUUUAUUUAGUUGCAUUUUGUUUGCGGAAGAAUCAUCAUUUGUCAAUAAAAUUUCUUCCAUUUAUUUUGCUAACAAAUUCUGUGAUUGUUUAUAUUCUGAUUAAGAUCUGACUUGUCCUGCAAUUUUUCUACAAUUGUUUUUAAUGUGAUAAAAAAAAUCCUUCGUUAGUUGCAAAUGAUAUUAUUCCACAGUGUAAACUUGAGUGGAAUAGGAAGUAACUUCUUAAAAAGCAGGUUCAGGUGAACUAGCAGGUAGUGUUAAGAUCUGUAACACAAAAUUAAGGAUUUUUCUCCUUAUGUUAUAAACCCCGAGCUUCCCGACUCCAAAUGUAAACCAAUGAGUGUAAUUUUGGAUUCCGUUAUGUAACAUUUGUAUGUAUUCAUCCUAAGUAAUUAUCCUUUGGGACACUAACCAAAGAGUUAUGGAAAGAUGUAGUAUAAUGACUGUACAGUACUAUAAAACCCAGGGACAGGAAAAGUAGUGAGCGGGGUGAAUCUCAAACCACAGUAUGAGGUAUUAUUGUUCAAGUGAAGUAACUCAAGUGCAAGAAGAGCAAAUCAGACAGGCCAUCUGCUGGAUCCCAUGAGAAAAGAUAAGAAUGAGAAAAUGUCCUACAUUCAAAUAGAGCGGUGAGAUUGGGAGUUUUGGAGAUGGGCACUGGGCAGGAUAAGUUGAAGAUCGUGUAAACAUGUAAGGGAAGACCUUCAUCCAGCUGGAGACAGAUACAGGCGGAUGAAUUAUAUACUGUAUACAGUAUAUUUAUAUGUGAAAGGGUGGUACAUAUCAUACAGAAAUUGUUAGUUGUUUAUGCAGUGGAAACUUAAUAUCACCCAUUUCCCAUUGGUGUAAAAAAAAUAAAAUAAAUUAGUGACACUGAUUCAUGGACUGGGAGUAAUAGAUAUAAACUGAUUGAAUGUCAAUCAUUGUAGAAAAUAAAGACAAACAAAAAAAAUCAAUACAUGUAUCGGUAUUAUUUAAGAGCAAAUUUUGGUUGCCAUCACAAAUCUAGAAGUAUUCAAAUACAUAUGAUAAAUCUUAAUGCUUGUAAGUAAUGAGAAGAUACUUUAUUACUGUGUUAUAAUCGGUAAACCUGCUGCAGGUACAAGAACAAGUAAUCAGCAAGAUGAUAAAAUGCCUGUACUUGUAUCAUGGGAAAAUUAAGUAAUUCUAGGCCUAAGUUUGCAACAUGGCUGCAAUACCUUAUGUUUUCUUUUUUACUAUAAGAGGCUGAAUACAUCUGAAGGCCAGGUUAUUUUACAAAGUCGUGUCCCCAGGCUACUCCCUAAUAUCUUUGUUGUUCCAGCAUAAUCACUGGUGCUGGGCAAGUAGUGACUGAAGCAGGCAACAGCGGUGUUCAGGUUUACCCAAGAUUGGGUUGGCAACACACUGAUGCUCCUCCAUCAUAUUUUUUGUUGACGAUAUGCUUGCCCAUUCAGCAAAUAGCUUGUGUCCGAUUGUCCCCUGGGCAAUUUGUGUUCACUGAUCAUAAAAAAAAAUAUUAGUACAGGGUAGUCUAAUUUUUCAAAUCAGAGUUUAAUAUACAAAAAUGAGGUACUGAAGUAUUAAGAAAUCACUGACAUUGUCUAACCACUACAUUCACAGUCACUAAUAUUGUUGUUCUUGGCCCAUAAUGAGAAAAUUAGAUCAUCUGAAAAUGUUGCUUCUAGAUGCAGUAUACCACUUUCAGUAAACAUUUUUAGAGAGCAAUAAAUCCCAUGCAAAUUUUACUAAAUCAUACUACAAUAGGUAAAUCAUUUGACAACCCGUAUUUAAACAUACAGUAAAACCUCCAUACACUGGACUAAUUGGGGCAGACCCCAGUCUGGAAAAUGCAAGUCCCCAAAAAGUGAAUCUAGGAAGGGGCAUAACACUGCUUAUCUGGACUGUUUCAAGAAAAUCAUUUGUUGUUAUAAUGUCAUUACUGCGCUUCAACAGCUAUGGUCUUUUAAGUACAUAAAAGAUUAGUAAAAUACUAUUACAUCAAUAAACAAUAUGAGAGCUAGAACUCUCUGGGUUGAAAAUCAGACUAAGUCUGGUUGUUGACAAUUGUUUUCACUGAUUUUUUUUGUACUGUAAAGUGUUGUGUUAGGUAACCACAGAAUUUGCCUUAUGAAUAAAUGGAAAACUGUACAGUACUAUAAAUAUAAAAAUUUGAAAAAAUAAAAUAAAAGGGUAGGGGUAUAUUUAUUGUGUGUGGGAGGUGAGAGUGAUCUGGGAGCAGCAGGCCGGAGGUAGUGCGGGUGAGUGGCUCCCUUCCUCGGGAUCCCCAUGCAAUUUUACCAUAAUUUCCAUAUUAUUUAGAUGCAUUUGGUACUCGAUUGAUAUAACAUUAUCGUAAAAUAAUCAACUUUCCUGACAAAGAAUCCCAAACUCAAACUCAGAUAGGUCAUUGCGUCGUAUUAAGUUCCAGUUGUUUGUAUACAAAGCCGAAACAGCUGAUCAUCCUAGCUCAUUCACCAGUGCUCUCCAUCUCUCAUGCAUACCACAACAUCUGUCUUCAGCACUUAGUAAAUAGUACUGUAUUGUAUUUAUCAGCACUUAACUAAUAUUGUAGUGUAUUUAUGAGCACUUAGUAAAUAAUAGUGUAGUGCAUUAUGCAUCUGCAUAUUUCCUGGUUUGUUCAUUAAUCAGUUGUCUAAGUGUAAAAGUAGCCAAAUCGAGGCAUCAGAUAAUAAAUAACAUUAAGAAGGUAUAGUGUCCAUAUCAAAUACGAUACAGGAUGCUAUAAUGACCCUGAUGUAAGCUGAUUUGCUAAAAGCACUCCAGGAAUGCAUCCUGAAUGAAUACUAUAACUUCAGAUACAGCUUAUCCUUUUACUGUCAAGUCAAAUAACGGAUAUAUUUUUCUAUUAUUGAAUAUGUUAUAAUUAUUAUGAGGAAUCACAGCUCAUAAGUCUAAUCGUAUUCUCAUAAUAUUGAAUCAAUAAAUAAACCUGACAAAUGCGGCAAUGCUCCCCACCCCCCACCCCUUAUACAUAUGCAAUCACUUAGGCCUACAGUAAGUCUAAUUUGAUCACUGUGCAUUAAUCAGUAAGCAAGUGGGGUUUUUUAUUAUUAUUUUAUUUUACCCAUUUCUUAAUUCCCUCAAGUAUCUCCGUUAAAGACAAUGCGUAAAUAAAUCUAAGUGGCGAGGAGCAUUACACUGAUACAAAACAUGAAGGUAGGACUGAGAAACGUGCCGCUGCAGUCGCACAGACGUUCAUCCGCACGUAAGCACACACAAACCGUCCGGACUGAUAAUGGAUUUUCUGGACUUUUUUCAUUAUUUCUGGUGAAAAGAGAGGCAGUUCAGAAUACCUCAGUGAAAAAAAAAUUGCGAUGUAUUGAAUUCUGGUGUAUAGAGGUUUUACUGUACAAUACCUGUACAGUAGUUCCUUUUGUGAUCCCAUACUGGUGAAAGAGAUAAGUCACAUUCAAACUGUAUACUAAUGUCAAGCGCUAGUAGUGGAAAUGGCCUUUAAUCUGAAUACAAGUUGCAGAAAUUCUUCACUAAAUUAAAUUGGUCACUCAUGUACAUAAAUCUGUGCAAGUAUUUCCCCAUCUGCUCUUUCAAGUCAUUUGCUGCUGUAAUUCAAGGUCAAUAGAUUCAAGCUCAAACAUACAUGCAGACACUUCCAUAAUUUGCAAUAAUUAAUUCAUACUUUAAUAAUAUGUUCUGCUAUGGUCUUCCUCUUCCACUGUCACAUCACACAUCCUUCAUAUUAACUGAUUCUUUGUCAGCAGUCUGUUGAAACUGGUGCACACUUAUCUAUGUGCUAUUGUAAUGGGUGGUAAUGUUAAUGAAGAGUUAUGAUUGUGUGGCCUUAAGUACGAAUGUUUAAAGUCGACUGUGUAAGAGGAAACUAUGAUCGGGGAUUCACCUCUCAAAUGCCUGGAUAAUGUCUGUUGAUACUGUUAGUUUUGUGAUAGAGUUUUGUGUACAGUGAAGGAAUUUUUAUGUAGAGGAAGAAGAGUAAACAGAUAUACGUACAAAAUUUUAGUCAACAACUGCUUUUUGUACUUGGAAGAUACACGUGAAACUAUAAUUAUUGUGAGUCAUCAAUAUUUGCAUUUGAUAUCACUUCUGGUGUUGAUACACAUGGAUGGUUUGUAAAACUUAAUGCACUUAGCCCCUAGUGGUAAAAAUGAAGUUUGUGAUAUUGAUGUGUCAAGAAUUAGUGAAAUUUCCAAAGUUUACCCCCUGAUAAUAAAGUCAGAUAUGUGUAAUUUAGAAAAUAUAGUGGUCAGUCACACAUGGAACCAUAAAUUAAGGUCUUUCAUGAGUUUUGCUGCUGUGGAUAUGACACCAAGUCUAUCCUUUCCAACUUUCAAAUCUUGUUGGAAUAUUUGUCUUUCAAAAUAUAAAUAUUGAAAAAAGAAAAAGCAAUCUAGUUAAGCUCAGGUUUGUUGCUAGUUUCAUACAGGUCUACAGAAAUUAAGUAACUUAAAGGACACUCUUAAUCACUUACAUUUUAGUUACUGGGUUCAUAUUUUUGCCAGUAUGAGAAUAUCCAUGUUGAGUUACUGUUAUAAGAUCCAUAAAGGUCAUUGAGCCAAGAGGCACACAAGCACUUUAUAGUUUUCCAACGUACUGUAUGACAGUAAACAAUAUAGAAUGGUUGAGUUUUAGAUAUUUUAUGAAGUGGCUCAAGUGAGAGGACUGGAAGACAGUAGAGAUUAGACAAAAUUCUCUAAGUGCAAUUUCUAUCAUCAGAUUUCACUGGUUUAGGGGUGCAAAGUGCAUUGUCAUAUAAACCCUAAUGUAAUAUAUAUAUAUAUAUAUAUAUAUAUAUAUAUAUAUAUAUAUAUAUAUAUAUAUAUAUAUAUAUAUAUAUAUAUAUAUAUAUAUAUAUAUAUAUAUAUAUAUAUAUAUAUAUAUACACUGUACAUAGAUACUGAAUAUUUGGUAUUAAUCAUGAAGAAUGUGUUCAAUAUAAAGGGCAGUGUUUGUGUUUCAUAUGCAGUACUGUACAGUACAAGAUUCUUGGUUUGGUAAUGAGUUUCAUAGCAUGACACUUGAAGUACAAUGUUCAAGUACACCGAGUCUCCACCGAAAGACGUCCUUUAGAGUGCCUUAAGUCAGUUUUCAAACUAAUAAUAGAGACUUAUUCAGUAUUUUUAACUGCACCUCCAUAAUUCAGCUACAGUUACGUCAAUAUGAGGUUUUAUAUUUCAUUAUUGUAUAUAAAAAUUGUUCUUCUCAUAGGUUAUGUUAUUCUGUAUAGAUGAUAAGUUACUUUACUUACUGUAGAGUUUGAAAGUAGCCAACAUCUCUGUAAUGAAAGACUUAGAUUGUAUAUGUAGAUUGAAAACAAUUAAAUGCCUUUCACUGUAUAAUUGGAUCUUGUAUGUAUAAUAAUGUGACUUUAUUGGUAGAUAGCUGUAUUUAAUAGACUUUAUGGUAAUUAGUUUGAUUUAUAUUUUUUAAUACAGAAAUUUCUUAUGAUUUGCCUUAUAUUAUUUGUAAGGAGCCCAUCUAAGGUAUUUCUAAACUUUGUAAAGUUGGCUUGUACCUAAACAACAUUUUUGAAGCCUUCAAAUUUUGUACUAUAGCUUUUGUAACAGAGUUAAGACAGUGGAUUGACUACUAGCUUGGUUCUAAUUUUAUUCUGUAUAUUAUUUCUUGGAUAUAUAUUUAAUAUUUCCUCAGUAUGUUUAGGCUGAAUUUACUCUACCAUUUUGGAAAGAAUUCCCUCAACCAUUUUAACAAUACUGUACCAUGGCUUCUACCUGAGGGCUGUGUAGGCUAGAGGGAUUAGGAUUUUAACAUAUUACUUACAUGUGUCUUUGUAUUGUAGAAUGUGUUUUCCUGUUAUUAAUUUUGACUAUAUGUGUAUUGAAAUGCAGCAUUUACCACCUAUAAAUCAAUUACAAGUAAGACCCGAAAGUAUACGUCAGAUAUUGCCAAGUGUCAAGGACUUUUGGCUGAACUUAUAGUCAUUUGUUAAUUGCACAUGUUGUUUUUAGGCACCUCUUGACAGUGUAGUGGUUAAUGUGGUGUGUUUGCAAGUCAGGGUUGUCUUUAUCCCUAUUGCCAGAGUGCUAGGAAAUGUGGUGUAUUACGACUAAAAUAUGAGUACAGUAGUAACAUUGGGACUUUGGAUAGAAAACUGGGAAUAUUCUGCUUCAACAGAUUGCUGCCAACUCCAUGCUUAUAAGUACAAUUAAUUGUGAUGGAGACACUCUUGUGUGGUAUUCAAUAUGGGGUCUACACAAGGGAUUAUUUAUUAUGCUCUUGAAGCUAACAUCCCAGUGGAAGUGGGAGAUAGCAUACGACAAUAAUACCUUUCAAUUUACUGUACAGCCUCUUGUUUGCAGGCCUCAUCCCUUUCAUCAGUGGGUGGGUUUGUCUGCUAGUAAGAACUAUCAAAGAGUAAAAUUCACUAAGCUAGAGGUCUUCUCUAGUUUUGAAUUUUGCAUGUGAUCUGACAUACAUCUGAAAGGUUUUAGUCAUUAUUGUCUACUAAGGAACUGUCCAUUAAGUGAACCUUCUUUCCCAUUAUCAUAAAUCAGUGUACUAUGUGUCCAGUAUACUUAAGCAUGCUAGUCAGCAAACAGCACUAAUUAACUAUGUUUUAAUGCACAGUAUUUCAAAAAAGUAUCUGUCCACACUAUGUAAAACAUUAUGAGACUGGAUGAUAGAUAUUGGGACAUGCAUUUAUUUUGAUAUACUGUAUAUUUUGGCAUAAUUAAUAUGAUGUUUGGUUUUCAAAUGUAAAAGGAACAGUAUGCCACAGAGCCACGCAUAUCAACCCUCCCGAGACAUGACAAGUUGCAUGUAGCAUUUCAGAAGUCAUUGGACCCAUCCUGGCAGAUAAUUUUUUGAGAUACUGUACAGUGCUUGUGUCUCAUGAUUGCUGUUCCCUCCAAAAGUCCUCCUGGCUCUUCUGUACUCUGGUAAUUUUGUGAGGACACUUUCCACAUUUAAAACAUUUUCAAGUAGAAGUAUUGUACACAUCUACUUCAUGUUUACAAAAUUACUUGUGUGAUCCAAUAAAGAACAUACUGUAUAUUGUGAAGUGUUGUGGUAGCACUAACAACAUUCCUGAAACACUGCCACAAAAGUAAAUGUUGGAUGGGGUUACAAGAGGUGAACUGCUGACCCAGAAAAGUUGACACUGGCCAUGCCAUAUGAUGAGCAUCGUUAACAAUAAGGUAAAUAAAAACUGUAGGCUCCUCUUAUACUCUAUUGCACAAUCAACUGCUGUGACACUAUUAAACUGUAUUUUGUAUUUUUUCAGCUUGUUAAUGUAAAUUGUGGGUGUGCACAUUACAUAUUUUGAAAGAGUUAUUGUAUUAACUUUUUAGAUUACAUAUUACCCACUUUGCAUCACUUCCAAAAAAAAAUCCUGUACUGAAUGGAAAACUUCCCUUUAGCAACAACUCACUGCCCUAAUAAGCCCACUAUCAAGAGAUUCUUGUGUGUGUAUGUGAGAGAGAAUUAAUAUUAUAUGGUCACCCUGUGUUAUAGAGGGAAAGGACUUAAGAGUGUUAAAACAUACUAAAUCAUGGCAAACCUUUGAUAGAAUAUUCCAGACUUGGCUUGUGGUAGAUGUUGAAGUAAGUGGUGCAAUAUAUUUAGAAAUGGAAAAUGUGUGAAUAUUGUCUAUUAGAUGAUGUGUGUUACUUCCCACACUAAUGUGAUCUGUAGAUAUGUACACAAUUCUACCUUCUUAAAGACAAAAUUUUUCUUACCAACUAGCAUUUUAUAUUCAUCUUAUUGAUUUGCCUUGGUUAGAGAUUGACAAUAACUUAGUACACUUGUAAUUUAUUUUACACCAUCAGAAAGUGUAUUUAUGUUGCAGUGCAGUGUUUGCUCAUGGAUGGUUACUUGUUGACGAAAAGUAGCAGCGAGACUCCACAGUAAUAUUGUACAGUACAAGGGUAUCUGUAUUCAUAUUUACAAAACACUUCCCAUGAAGAAAUAACUCAGAAGGUUUUUUACCAUCAAAAUUAAUUGAUUUUUCAGUCAUUUAAAUAGCCCUUAAACAUCACUGUAUUUGUAUUAUUUUGUGACACUGUUGGUCAAUGUUUGCAUAAGAAACAUUGUAAUAUUUACCAUAAUGUUUGUGUUUUGGAAGUGUCCCUUUUCAUGCUCCAGAUCCUGUUUAGUGUUAACUAGUUUUCUUCUGUUGUCAAGGGUUAACUGAUUGGUGACAAAUGGGAAGUACCUUUCAGGAUUAUAAAGAGUGAAGGUAAUAUUGUGCCUUUAAUAGAUGAUGGUUUGUAGAGUGCCUUAUCUACCUCAUGGAAUUUCUUUCAUAGCACAUCUUUCUUCUACUCUUGACUGGGAUGUUAAUAAGAGAUGCAAAUCAUUAAGGUUUAGCUAAACAAAGUGGAAGGAAAAUAUUACAUAGAAAACUAAAUAUCAGCUUCAUAGAUCUAUGGAACCACUGUAAAAUUAUGCAGUACAUGGCAACCUUGAAGAGCUGUUGGUACUGUCACUGACUGAAUUUUUUUUAACACCAAUUUGGUUAUUUGGGGAACUAUGAAGGAUAUUUGUGUAUUAAUAUUGUAGCUAUAUAUUUUGGGGAAAAAAUACUUUGUCGAGGCCAAGAUACUGGUAUGAGACCCUCUUAAUAAUUAUAAGAGGGUAAUGCAUUGGAAAGAAACCAUUUAAAAUUGAAAUUGGUUUUCCCUCAGAUUGUUGCAAUUGAAUAAGGUUACAGAGAAUCACCAAAUUGUUCAACUUAUAUUACUGUUCAGUAAUAGUUUACCAGUACAUAAAUUACCCGUACAAGAUUAACACUAGUACAUGUACUCGACCCAUGAAAAAUAUAUCUAGUUAUUAUUUAAUGAUAUUAAUACAGAUCUAAUGAUUUAAGACCUUUCACACACAAUAACUUUGUGUAUAAAAAUCUUUGAAGUUAAAAUUUAUAACUGGAGUACCACAUCUUCAGAUACAAGCCAUGUCAUCAACCUCUUGUCUAUUGGGGGUUUUGACUCCAACUUAAGGUAAAUAGACACUUUAUAUCUAGUUUUUAUUGUGCCUAAACUAUUCAGUACCAUCCACUCUUGAGGCCUUAAAGGAAAUAAUGAUCUUGAUGUCAUAUCCUGUAGGUAACUUAUAGUGUAGUGAAAUGAAUGGACCAAUGUUUAAUGAAUUAAUCCCUUGACUUGUUCAAGUUGUGAGUAGCUCCCAGUUUACUAAUUGAUGAGAAUGGUAAUCAUUAUACCUUUUAAGCCACCGAGAAUGCAAGUUAGAAUAUCAUUGGGAUUGUAAAAGAAGAGCAUAUGUAAACAGUAAAAAUUUUGGUUUUAUUGCAGACCAAUGUUUGUUUGAUCAUUUAUACUUAUUAUUGUUUACUAAAUUAAAAAGCAUAGACACUUAUAAGUUCAGUAAAAUUAUUCAAUGUUAUUCUGUACAUAGAAAACCACUUUGUAUGCAAUGUACAGAGCUAAUAUUGUAAUAUUAUAAGAUUUUGAUGAAUAAAUGUGCUGUUAAGUUUCUUCGGUAAUGUGUGCCAGUCUUACAUUUGCCAAUGUUUAAAAUUCACUUCAUGUACUGUUGGUGUUACUCUUGGGGUAACUUUUGCUGGAACAUCUUGCAAAGCUUGAUUAUGGGCUUAGUUGAGACUUUGAAGGUAAAUGUAAUGUUUUCCAAUGUACAUGAUUUAAAAUUAGUGAGAUAGACUUGCAAUAAGUUAUGUAGAAGAUAUUUACAUUAGCUGGAAAGAUGUACCCUAUGUUUUAAAAGUGAAUAAGUCUCCUGUGGAUGCAUAACACAUAUCUAGAAAUGCUUCAAAGAUCCGAGACCUCUUGUAAGUACCGUACUGUAAAGGUAUAUUGACAAUAACAUUGUAGUACACAAGGGAAUUUUGACCCUUUGAGCUGUAAGUUUUAGGCACUUCCAGUGUAAUUCACAUUUUAGAGAGGUGUGAUUUUAUAACAUAACAUGAAUCUGUGAGCCAAGCUGGUUGUUAUCCACUCUAUGGUAAAUGGAAGAGAGCUUUAAAAGUUUGAUAAUGAUUAGUAUUAGUUAUUAAGAGAAUCAUUCACAAUAGUGAGCUGUAUCUAAAUGAUUGAUCUAUGUGUACAAGCACAGUAGCAUCUUUUACACAUACAAUAUAAGAUUAGGAUGUUCAUCAAUUAUGGGAAACCCUUAUUUGAGAGCCUGAAGUUCGUAGUUAUUGAUUCAAAAGUAUGUCACAAAACAAGAAUGUUAUAUGUAUUGUGUACCUAGUGUCAUGUUUUUUAGUAGCCCAGCUUAAGGAUAAAUUGCAUUAUAGAAGGAGUAAUACAAGGAAAGGCUUAAUAUUAGAAAUGCAUUUUGUGAGGAAGUAUGGUAAAGGUUUUGAAUUAAGUUGUGAAGGAGCUACCAUGCACAAAGUAAAUUAUAAUUGAAGAUAAAGUAUUUAAAUAACAAUACAUAACGUUUGAAAUACUAUCAGGACACUUUUCACUGGCACGGAAUUCGUGAUGGUUUAUCAAUUUUUUUAUUACCACUGUUCAACUAUCCUGGGUACAUUUGUAACAUAUAUUGUAAGGAAGGUAAUUUAAAUUAUUGAUUAGCUUAUUGGCAGGAAAAAAUUUGUUGUAACUUGUGAACAAAUACCAUGCCAAACAACCUUAUGCAAUAUACAUUUUCUGUGAUACAGUACUUUCAUAUCAUAUGUGGCCGUGUAUGUUUGUAAGAGUACAAUAGGAUGAACUUUUUCAUUUUGAGGACAGAAUACCACUCCAGCAAAACAUUAUUUUUGCAAGCACUUUACUGGGGCUAAUCUUUAUGCAAUGUAAAAAAAAAUCAUAUGGUAACCAAAAUUUUAAACACAUAGGCACUAGUGCAAAUUCACACAAAUACAGGUGCUCACUUGUGCAUACUACAUACAUUAAUAUAUAUAUAUAUAUAUAUAUAUAUAUAUAUAUAUAUAUAUAUAUAUAUAUAUAUAUAUAUAUAUAUAUAUAUAUAUAUAUAUAUAUAUAUAUAUAUAUAUAUAUA